AUGGCAACUAGAGACCUCCCCAAGCUGUUGGGCCAGUUACUCUUUGGAUGGAAGAACUCGGUACCAAAUGAAAUAACCAUCCACAAGUCACGAGCCCAAUUGGUCGAGGAGGACUACCAGCCCGACGGCGACAAAGUACGCAAAUUCACCUGGCUGAGCUGCUGGCCGGCGUUCGCUGCUGGGUUCGGGUUGUUUUCCGAUGGCUACGUCAAUGCCCUGAUCGGGUCGGUGCUGACGAUUCUCGGGAUCAUGUACCCCACCGAAUACAAAGGGUCCAACGCCGUCAAUAACGUGUCGUCGAUUGCCUUUGUCGGGAUCGUGGUGGGGCAGUUGUCGUUUGGCUACAUUGCCGACCGUAUCGAUCGGAAAAAGGGGAUGCUUGCCGCCAAUGUUAUCUUGAUCGUGUUUACGAUUUUGUGUUCGGCAGCGACGUGGGGGGCUAACGGGUCGGUGUACGGGAUGUUUGCCGCGUUGACGACAUUUAGAUUCUUUUUAGGGGUGGGUAUCGGCGCUGAGUACCCUACCGCCUCAGUGAUCUCUUCCGAAUUUGCCAACCAGUUGCCGCUGGGUAUCCGUAACCGAGUGUUUGCCAUGUCCACUAAUUGCGCAAUUAAUCUCGGGUUUGUCACCGCUGCGUUCGUGCCAUUAAUUUUGUUAUGGAUCUUCUCGCCUGACCAUUUGACGGCAGUAUGGCGAUUGACUUUAGGCUUAGGCGCCAUCCCCCCCAUCGCCUUAUUCUUCCUCCGGUUGAAGAUGGUCGAUCUGAAGGUGUUCAAAAAGUAUAACAUGAAGCACGCUAAGUACCCCGUGUGGUUGUGUCUCAAGUUCUACUGGUAUCGGUUAGCCGUGAUCUCGGCGUUGUGGUUUAUUUACAACUUCUCGGCGUUUUCGUUCGGGAUCUACUCGUCGGCGAUCAUCAAUAAUAUCGUCCCCGAUGGUGACCUAUACAAGACGUUUGGCUGGAAUACAUUGUUGAAUGUGUUUUACUUGCCUGGCUGCUUCUUAGGAGCAUUCUUCGCCGACUGGUUCGGCGUGAGAAUUACCCUUACCACCGGGUUGAUCUGUCAGGCGGUGUUUGGUUUUGCUAUGGCCGGUGCCUACCCCACCCUCAAACAACACGUGGCCAGCUUUGUGGUGGUGUUUGGCUUUUUCACAGCUUUCGGUGAGUUUGGUCCCGGUAACUCUAUGGGGCUUAUUUCGUCGAAAUUGUCGGCCACUGCCGUCAGAGGUGUAUUUUAUGGCAUUGCUGCGGCUAUGGGCAAAAUUGGCGCCUUCGUCGGCACCUGGGUGUUCCCAGUGAUCAUUAAAAACGCCGGUGGCUCCGACACUGAUCUGGGCAACCAGGCGCCAUUUUACGUGUCGCUGUCCCUCUGCUUAUUUGCCGCCCUUCUCGCCUGGUUCUUUUUACCUUACGUCGGUCAAGACUCCAUCAACAGAGAAGACGAUGCCUUCCUCGAGUACUUACACGCCAACGGCUACGAUAUCAGUCAAUUGGGUGACCGCGACUCGGCCGAUUCCUACAGUGAAGAUAUUGAGAACCAGUCUGCUGGUUAUGACAACGGGAUGAUGAAACAGGCUGACUCCUACGACGAAGAUUCGGGCAAGCAACCCAGCUAUAACGAUGAGGUGAUCGAGAUUGAUCACACCGUGUUGUCAGAGCAAAAAGCCUUUUCUAGUCCAAAAUAA